AAUAUGCCUUGUUGUGUUGUGACGCACAACUUACCUGUAGCGCCAAUUAAAGCCGACCUAUCAGCGAGGAGUCAUGGCCUCACAGUGCCUCGCUACACUAUGGUUUGCGCCACUGGCGCGGCAGGCGUUUUAUGAGUGACAGGUUAGUCAUCCCUGUCUAGGACCAGAGUAACUGGCGCAGCAGCCUAGGCUUCCAGGAAAAGCACCAGCUGUGUAACUUAAAAAAAGUUAGGGAUCAGAUGCGACCACUUGCCCCUUAGACAAGUCGUCUCCGCUAUGGUCAGUGCGUCAGGAGCGGCGAUUGCGCUUUUAGAACUCAAAACGCCGCCGCCGCCUCCACCGCAAUCCCAGAAGCCGUGUCGCGGCCGCAGGUGUGCAGAUUUUCCAGGUAGCGCCGCGUUUGUCGGCGGAUUCCGCGGCAGCCUGCUGGGGUGCCGGCAGCAAGAGGGCCUGCUCAUGUUUCACAAUCAUCAUCAGCCGCACCCGCCGCCGCUGCCGCCGCCGCCGCCGCCGCUUCAGCCACUGGAUGCGCCGCAAGGUGGCAACGCCGCACAGCACCGAAGAAAUGGCUUCCUAUUCGCGGCGGCGCCGGGGGGGCCGGUGGCGGCGGCCUCCGCCGUCGCGGCUCCGCCGGUCGGCGGUAGCCGCACUCCGCCGCCGCUCCCCCUUUUCCCCUUCGUCGCGGCGAGCGUAGCCCCCGCCGCCGCCGCUGCUGAUUCCGGGCCGUCAGCUGCUCCCUAUCACACCACGGCGCCGCCGCGAAAUUCCUCGGCGGCUUUAGUCGCAGGAGGCUUUCUGUCAGCGCCGCCUCCGGGGGCGGCGGCUCCUUCGAUUGACGCCGCUUCCGUGAUAGGCGCGAGUACGGAUAGGCGGACGGACACGUGGCCGGACUCGAGAACGGACAUCGGUGGGGCGACGGGCCUAAUCUCCCGUGAUGACGAUCGGCGGCGCGACAGUUUUGGCGCCGCCAUGGCCGCCGCGACCGGCGGCGGUUUCGGCGCCACGGCGGCGUCGCCGCCGCUCUGGGGAACUCGCGCAAUUGACGGCCACGGCCCCGGCGGUGCGACCGCCAGCGGAAACGCUGCUGCUGCGGCCGCCGCCGCCACGUCGUUUGAUGGAGUGUUAUGGGGGGAGUCGGAGGGGCAGCAGCAGACACCGAGCACGAAUGCCAAGGGGCAGUGGACUCCGGUGAGAAGCGGAGGAGGAUGCUCUCUUGAGGCAGCUGGUGGAGCGGGGCGGAGCCAAGGGGUGGACGGCCAUAGCAGCGCAUCUGAACGGGCGGGCGGGGAAGCAGUGCAGGGAGCGGUGGCACAACCACUUGAAGCGAGGGAUAAAAAAAGUGAUUAUAACGAGGAUAGAGUGUUUGUGAGUGAUUGCCAUAGCAGCGCAUCUGAACGGGCGGGCGGGGAAGCAGUGCAGGGAGCGGUGGCACAACCACUUGAAGCGAGGGAUAAAAAAAGUGAUUAUAACGAGGAUAGAGUGUUUGAGGCGUGGACAGAGGAGGAGGAGCACGCGUUUGUGGAGGCGCACAAACGACUCGGCAACAAGUGGGCGGAGAUUGCAAGAAUACUACCAGGGCGCACCGACAACAGCGUAAAAAACCACUGGAAUUCCACUGCUAGAAGAAAGGAGGAGAUGGGGCGCGGAGGAGGGGCGGAGGGGAAGGGGGGAAGUGGGAGGCCGGGUAGUGCUGGCAGCGCUGGCAGUGCGGGCAGCGCUGGUAGUGGUCGGGGUGGGUAUGGUGGACGGUCGAACGUGCUGUUAAGGUAUAUUCAGUCGAUGAAGCAGGGGAAGCGGAGUGAGGGGAAGCAGAGUGAGGGGAAGCGGAGUGAGGGGAAGAGGAGUGAGGGGAAGCGGAGCGAGGGCAGGCGGACCGAGGGGGAGCGGAGGGGGCAGGGGGAGAGGAAUGAUAGGGGGAAGGGGGAAGUGGGGGGGGCGGCAAGAGGGGGAAUGGGAGGAGGUGGUGUGUGUGGAAGGGAUGGGGGGAAGGCUGGUAGGGGGGAUGGGGUGAGGGAGUGGAGUGAGAAGGAGGGAGGAGAGAGCAUGGAGGGGCGAGAGGAGGGGAGUAAGGGAGGGGAUAGAGAAUGCAGAGAGGAAAUCGGAAGAGCAGAGGAGGGACGUAUGGAGGUGGAGGGAAGUACGAGGGUGGAAGAAGGUGUGAGAGAGGAAGAGGGGGGGAUCAAGGGAGCGGAGGGUGAGGAAGUGAGAGAGGAGGAGGAGGAAGAAGAGGAAGAAGAAGAGGAGGAGCAAGCAUGCAGUGAGGUGGAGUGGAGAAUGCAAGGGAUGCACCUGGAAAGGCCGGCAUCGAUACUAGCAGCAGCAGCAGCAGGAGAAGAAGAAGAAGAAUCAGCAGCAGAGCCAGCAGCAGAGCCAGCAGCAGAGCCAGCAGCAGAGCCAGCAGCAGAAUCAAGAGGAGCAGCAUCAGGAGCAGCAGCGCCAGCAGCAGCAGAACCGGCGCAGCUUGCUUUGCCUCUAGAUCAAUCCAUGCAUCUCGCAGCAGCUGAAGACCCUCGCGUAACAGCAGCAGCCCACGCCCCGUCUCCAUCUGUGCGACGCCAAUUCCCCCCUGCGGCUCAUCUUUCUCUAUCUCCAGUGCUCCAUCACCCUCCACUUCAAUCCUCGCAUCCCUUUUCGCACCCAGCUGUUCAUCCUUCUUUGACUCCAGUGCUCCAUCCUCCGCCGCAUCAUUCGAUACAUCAAUCCCCGCAUCCCUUUUCGCACCCAUCCGUCCAUCCUCCUUUAUCUCCAGCCCUCCAUCAAUCCCCCCAUCCGUCCCCCCACCCCUCUUUGCACCCAGCUGCUCUCUUUCCUCCCACCCAGCAACCACCAAUUCCCCUGUCUUCACUCCCCGCUCCUUCCCCGCCGCACUCUCCCCCUCCCGUUCUCUCUCUCUCCCUCUUUCCCACGCCUCCUCCCCUUCCUCCCUCCUCACCUUCGCCCCCGCACCCGCACACUAACUCUUACUCACACACUCCCUCUCGCACUCACACUCGCCCUAGUCCGGCUUACCCUCACCAAACUUCCCCCCCACCUCCUCCCCCAACUCACUCUCCUCCUCUCCCCUCAUCCUCACUCUGCUCUUCCCCUCCUCCCCACGCCAUACGUUUCCCCUUCUCCUCUCAAGUCCAGUCCUCCUCUCCUUACUCCCACCCCUCCCUCUCCUUCCAUCUUCACCCUCCCACUCACCCUCCCACUCACCCUCCCACUCACCCUCCCACUCAUCCUCCUCCCACUCACCCUUCGCCCACUCACCCUCCUCUCUCGCUCCCUCUCUCCUCUCUUCAACCCAUUCUCGAGACCACUCCUGAACGCCUCUCGAUGUCUGCAUCGGCAAGAAGACAGCAAGAGCAGCAGCACCACCAUCACAACCACCACCACCACAACCAGCUGCAGCACCUGCAGCAUGAGCAGCAGCAGCAGCAGCAGCAGCAGCAGCAGCAUCAGCAUCAGCAGCAGCACCACCACCACCACAAUCACCAGCUGCAGCACCAGCAUGAGCAGCAGCAGGAAUUGUCAGCUCACUGGAAUGCUAUGCCCACAGCAUCUGCUAUGGAGGGGCAUGAACGCAUGGAUGCACAGACUAUGGAUGUUGACUUCAGGGCAGUAGACGGGGGCUCAAUAAGAGAGGGCUUCGUUAGCAGUAUAACAGCACGAGCAGGGUGUACAUUGGUAAGCGAAGCGGCUUAUAUGGAGGGAAUUAAAACAGAGGAGGAGGUAGCAGAGGUGAAGCCGCUUAUUGACACACUAUCAGGUGAAGGACUUCUCCCACAGUCACACCCCAACUGUGAGUCACAGGUUCACACACACAGACCACAGCCCCUGCCUUCGAUACAAGCACCCUCGGAAGUGCAUUAUCCGGAGCAUACACCUUCGCUACAAGCACGCUUUGAAGCGCCUCACCCCGUGAUAAAAGCACGUCUGGAGGGCGUAAGCUCUCUCCAUCCUCAGGCAACCAGCAGCAAUCAUUCCCUGCCACCCUUGCCAGCAACCAUUCAGGAAACUUCUCAGAAGACACCCGUGGCUCACAAUCCAGCGUUUCUAGAGACAUCACUCACGCAAGAGCCAGCCCACAAGGCCCACAAUCAAACAUCCCUUGAGUCAGCACCCAUGCAAGAGCCCGCCCACAAUCGGUUGCUGCUUGAGUCGGCACCCACUCAGUUGACUCAGGAGCCAGCCCACAAGGCGCACAAUCGAUCGCUGCUGGCGUCACGGCUGAUGCGAUCACUGGGAGCGAAGAGGAGCAGGAGGCAGAGCGAAGGGGGGAUGGAGCAGUGGCCAGAAAGAGGGGGAAUGGAGCAGAGGCAGAGGGAAGGGGGGUCGGGGGGAGGAAGGGAGGGAGGGGCAAGUUUGUCUGCCCAGCAGCAGCAAACACAGGCAAGUUCAGGGGCAGCAGCGGCAAACGCCAACGCCAGUGGUCAGACUUCUCGCGACAUUAUGUUUACCGGUACUCCACACAGUAUUCUCACUGACUCUUCUUGGGACAUUUCAUCUGACCCGCAACCUGCCCUGAAAAGACGAUGUCUGCUGCAGCGCAGUGUGGCUGGGCCACUGCCCGGCGCUCCUGUAGCGGCGGUGGGCGGCGCUUUCCUGCUGGUCGGCGAACUGAGCCUCACUCUUUCGUCCUCUUGCCUGAUGCCGAUCUCUGCCGGACAGGAGAUAUUGGGAGAUGACCCUGUGAAGAUUCAGGAAAUGCCGUGGGUGGUUGGGAAAGGGACAGGGUUCGGGAGGAGGGAGUGGAUGGGAAGAGGGGGAGGGAGUGAGAAGGAAAGUGGAGGAAAGAGGGAUGUCUGAGAAUUAUAUAGACUGGGAAUGGGUUUGGAAAGCUCAUUUCAAAAGUUGGCAAUGGCAACUGAGACAAGGGAUCAAGGUUAUAAAGCAAAAUGUUGCAUGGUACAUGAUAAUAGGAUAUUGAAGUAGAGGCUAGUGUUGUCAGUCGCACCCCCCUACCCUCCAAUUUCGCGCUUCGUAGCCACGAGCCCCCCUCCCCUCCCCCCCCCCCCCCCCCCCAGCGUUCGAUUUGUUCGUGCGGUAGUCAGCAGGCCCGGCACGCCUGCCAGCAUGCUAACGAGCUCGCCAGUCAACGUGCAAGCUAGCUAGCCAGCCGUUUUAGCCAGCUCUGUCAAACAUAUUUUGUAUAUGUCUUAUUUGGUAUGUGCGUACUCUUAG